CACUCGAAAUGGCUGACAUCGUCGACACAAAAGCCUCAGAUGAUAUUCUCAUUAUUCCUGUAUCAGUGCAAUCUAUUAUUCUCCCAGACAAGAAUCUGUCUGUCUCGUCAUUCCUUCAAUUCUCACUCCCGUCAGCUUCAAUUACCACUGCUCUGCCAUUGCGCAAAUACUUUAGCACUGACUCCCCACCUGAGGACAGCUUAUAUCUCGAUUAUCUCCGCACGCAGCCGCUUCCCCAGCUUGCGGUUCUGCACAAGCUCCUAGAAGGGGUGCAACAUGCAAUAUCAGGUGGUAGCCGGUCUAUUAUCUAUGCCCAUGCCGACAUCGAACAACCUUUUCCAUUCUGGAUUCUGACGUUUUGGCGCCAAGCCUAUACUCUCUUGGACGUCCAAAGCAACUGGCGACAGGCGGAAGCCUUCCUCACCAAACAUCAACCUAAUGAGUCCCAGCACAACCCCACACUCAAAGGACAAACAGCUGCUGAUGUUC